GUCGAGAUCCUCUAUGGGAGAGUCAAACGGUUCCUGGACAUGGAGUUACAGCUCCGCGCACUCUCGGGCAGAACGGGCAAUGAGAAACAGGUCGCCGUCAAGAAGCAGCCCAGCAAGAAAAUGCAGGAGCUUUCUGCAAUGAUUGCGCACUCCUUGGACAAUCCUAUCUACGAGGAGGUACCGGCUCACGAGCGGCGCUGCGCCGGCGUGGACCAGAAGUUCGAGGACGCAAAGCCGAAGGUGAUGGAAGGCACCGUGAAAGGCAUCGGCGGUGUGAUCGAGGCUUUGCAGAAAAAGUAUGCCAUGCACAAGGGCGAGCGUGUGAAGGUGCUUGGAGAAGCGACGGGCCUCUGGAAGGUGGAAGGUGAAAGGACGAUCCCGAAGGCGCAGGUGGGAACAGGAUGGAAGUGGGUGAUCAAGGGAGCGGAGGAUGAAGCAAAGAAGAAGGCAGAAGACGACGCAAAAAAGAAGGCAGCUAAGCAGGAAGCUAAGAGGAAGGCUGCUGAAGCCAAGAAGCCAGAGGAAGCAAAGGAGGAAAAAACGUCGAAGGAUGGAAAGAAGAAGGAUGCAGACAAGAAGGGUGGCAAGGAGUCGGAGCAGAAGAAAGACAAGGCAAAGGGGAAAGACAAAAGCAAGGAGAAGGAGAAGGACAAGGCGAAAGGCAAAGACAAGGCAAAGGAGCAGGAGAAACUCAAGGCCAAAAAGUCCGAGGAACCCAGAGCAAAGAAGAAGCGCAAGCACAGCUCCUAUAGCGACGAAGAGGAGGAGGCUCAUGCUGCCGAUUGCCAGGGCACAACUUCGGCUUACAAGUACUUGUCGCUUCGCCUUGCGCAGUCUUAUUAUGCUUCUACUGCCGAACAACUGAAGCUCAAACUGUGA